ACUCCACUUUUUUCACUCCUCAAUCCCCAGUUCCUCUCCUCUCUCUCUCUCUCUCUCUCUCUCUCUCUCUCUCUCUCUCUCUCUCUCUAACUCUAAUUUUUGUGUAGGAAAAUAUAUAUGGAAUCGCCAGAAGAAUUCACGGGGUCCAACGAUCACUCCCUGAUCAUGAAACGGAAGCGUACCAAGCGUCAACGGCCUUCCUCCGCCUCUACUUCGUCGACUGGGGCCGCUAACAGCGACGGAGACGGCGUUUAUUUUGCGAUUCCAUCCCCUACGUCGUCCGGCGAGAUGUCUAUCACCAACACAGAGGAAGACCAAGACAUGGCCAAGUGCCUAAUUCUCUUGGCUCGAGGCGUUUUCCAAAGCCAACUGGAAGAAGAAGAAGAAGAGGGUAAGGUUGGAGUAAAAUUCAAUCGCCACGCUGAAAGAUCCGGAUUCUGCGUCUACGAGUGUAAGACCUGUAACCGGACUUUCCCUUCGUUCCAAGCCCUCGGCGGCCACCGAGCCAGCCACAAGAAACCCAAAACCAAACUCGAAGAAAACAGAGCAAAACCUGAACAGGGAGAAAGAAUAGAACAGGGGAUCAAAUUUACCAAGUUGGUUUCACGUACCAGCGACAAGCCCAAAAUGCACGAGUGCUCGAUAUGCGGGUCGGAGUUUUCCUCCGGCCAGGCCUUGGGCGGCCACAUGAGGCGGCACAGGGCGGUGCCGACCGCCACGAGUAUCGACACGAACACUGCAGAAUCGGAUGAGGACGGACAUGAUGAUAAGAAGAGGAAUGUUCUACCAUUGGAUCUCAACCUACCAGCGCCGCUAGAGUUGGAGGAUGACGAUGAUCAUCACGGAGAGAUUAACUUUCAAUUUGAUCUGUCCAAACAGUGCCUUGGGCUCUCCGGCCCUGCUUUGGUGGACUGCCACUACUAGGUGGUUAAGGCCCCGAACUAAGGGGUUUUGAUUUUUUGCCAAAAUUUGGGUCUAUUAGGAUCAGUCGAGGUGCGCAUAAGCCCGCACAGACGCUGAUCAUUAUUAGAACAGAGUGGAAAAAAGGGUUGGAGACUUGGAUUAAAUGUGAAUUAUAUUAUUUAUUUGACAGUACUCGUUUGAAUCAAUUGAAAUUGAUAAUUACCACAA